AUGGCCGACGACUACAGGCGACACGGCCUCGACUUGGAGAGAAGGAUAUUGGAGUUCGACGCCAAGUGUUCUGCUCUCAAAGCCGAGAAACAAGAUGAUGACUAUUUACAGAAUGCGUCUUUGAUACUGGACAAGUUGAAAAGCUAUUACAGACAAGGAGGGGAGAGCAGCAGCCUUUCCAAACUGCUUCAAGAUUACACACAGGUUAUCCUAGAUAUUACGUUUUAUGAGGAAAACAAACUGGUGGAUCAAGGGUUUCCGGAGGAAUGUUCACCAUAUAAAAUCCAGCAGCUCCUGCAAGAUCUGACUGAGCCAGAAGUUCUGGUCGGGAGACUAGCACCAUCUCAAGAGGUGCAAGCUGUUUUGGGCCUGGAGCUGUUAGAAUGCCUUUAUUGGAGACGUGGUGCGCUACUCUACAUGUACUGCCACACCCUUCACCAACGGAAGCAAUGGAUCAAGGAAAACAAAGAGACGUUCCUCAAGUGUAUCCAAGAAGGAGUGCGCUAUCUCAUGAGGAUGCUGCAGGUGAGGAACUCGGUGAAGCUCAAUGAUGGGGUUGUGCUCCAUGACACCACCACUGCAGGCUUCCUCUCCGAAGGCAUUUUCUCAGACACGCACCUGUUGACCAUGAUGUACAUUGGAGAAAUGUGCUUCUGGGCGGUGAAGUACGAAGACUACAGCGGUGACAGUAUGGAUUGUAAAGAAGAUCGCCUCCAGUUUAGGGACAUUGGCACGCAGAUCCUCAACAAGUAUGUGCUCGCCUGCGAGGGCCCGCUGCAGGCCCAGGGCUGGAACACGGAGAACGCCAAGGAGAUCCUCAGUGUUUUACAGUGA